AUGGCCGCGCGCCCCGGGCCGCUCUGGCUGCUGGGCCUGGCGCUGUGCGCGCUGAGCGGCGGCGGCGUCCCCGGCCCGCGCCCCCAGCUCGGCUGCCCGCAGCGCCGCCUGGGCCCGCGCGAGCGCCGCGACCUGCAGCGCGAGAUCCUGGCGGUGCUCGGGCUGCCCGGGCGGCCCCGGCCCCGCGCGCCCCCCGCCGCCGCCCUGCUGCCGGCGUCCGCGCCGCUCUUCAUGCUCGACCUGUACCGCGCCGUGGCCGGCGACGACGACGAGGACGGCGGGGCCCCCGAGCGGCGCCUGGGCCGCGCAGACCUGGUCAUGAGCUUCGUCAACAUGGUGGAGCGUGACCCUGCCCUGGGCCACCAGGAGCCCCACUGGAAGGAGUUCCACUUUGACCUGACCCAGAUCCCGGCCAGGGAGGCCGUCACGGCCGCGGAGUUCCGGAUUUACAAGCUGCCCAGCACCCACCCGCUCAACCAGACGCUCCACAUCAGCAUGUUUGAGGUGGUCCUGGAGCAGUCCAACAGGGAGUCUGACUUGUUCUUUUUGGAUCUUCAGACGCUCCGAUCUGGGGACGAGGGCUGGCUGGUGUUGGACGUGACAGCAGCCAGUGACCGCUGGCUCUUGAACCGUAACAAGGACCUGGGACUCCGCCUCUAUGUGGAAACAGAUGAUGGGCGCAGCGUGGAUCCUGGCCUGGCCGGUCUGCUGGGGCGACAGGCUCCGCGCUCCAAACAGCCUUUCGUGGUCACCUUUUUCAGGGCGAGCCCUGGCCUGGGCCCCGCCCGAGCCCCACGGGCAGCGAGGCCCCUGAAGAGGAGGCCGCCAAAAAGGACCAACGAGCUGCCGCCCCCGAACAGACUGCCGGGGAUCUUCGACGACGUCCACGGCUCCCACGGCCGGCAGGUGUGCCGUCGGCACGAGCUGUACGUGAGCUUCCAGGACCUGGGCUGGCUGGACUGGGUCAUCGCCCCCCAAGGCUACUCAGCCUAUUACUGUGAAGGGGAGUGCUCCUUCCCGCUGGACUCCUGCAUGAACGCCACCAACCACGCCAUCCUGCAGUCCCUGGUGCACCUGCUGAAGCCGGACGCGGUCCCCAAGGCGUGCUGCGCGCCCACCAAGCUGAGCGCCACCUCCGUGCUCUACUACGACAGCAGCAACAACGUCAUCCUGCGCAAGCACCGCAACAUGGUGGUCCGCGCCUGCGGCUGCCACUGAGGCCCCGCCUCCACCGGCCAGCCCGCCGCGGGGGCAGGGGCCGGGAGACCCCCAACGCCAUCACAGCUCAGGCAGAGACCCUCCCAGCGCCGUCCCAGCUCAGGCAGGGCGGCAAUGAGGGCCCCCCUCCUCUGCCCACAUCCUGCCAGGGGCUGAUCCUCCCCAGGUCCUCUGCCCCCUGCCCUGGGAUGUGUGGUAGCCUGUCCCACCCAACCCCACAUCGCUGAUGCAGGCUGCGGUCAGCACAGAAGUCCCAUCUUAGGACCUGUCCUUGGCCAGACCUUUCCAACUGCGUGGGACCCGGGAUCGUCUGAGAGCACCUGGAGCCUGAAGCUAGCAGCGGGGGGUUGCCCCACUCACCACGGGUCUGGGUGUGGGUCUGCCCCUUGCCAGCACAGCGCAGUCAGAGGUUCACAUGCUCGGGUAUAGUGUAUUAGUGGUUCCUGACUUGGCCUUUGGGCAGUUAGCACUUUGGGAAGGAACAAUGGGCCUUCUGCUUAGGGGUGAGCCUGGUGGGAACAUCUCCUGCCUGGGGAAGAGGUGUGGCCCCCAGGGAAGCAAUGAACCUUGGAGAUUUCCAGGUCCCUCCAUCUCUCUGCGUGGUGCUUUGCACUUAACAUGAACUCUUAGCACAAACAAGGGCACAGCUACAGGGAGGGCCAGGCCGACAGCACAGAUGUCACAGCUGAGCCCCUUGCCCACGGCCAUCAGUCACCAUUUUCCACGGACCCUGAACAGGGCCUCAAGGCGCUCAGCAUGCGAUUCCAGGCAGCCAGCAGCCCUGAGCCCGGCUUACUGCUUUCCGUCCUGCCGCGCUGAGGAGCAAUCCAGGGCACGCAGGCACAGGGCAAGGGUGGGCACUGCGUCAGCCAGCGCCCAGAGGUAACAACAGGCUAAUCACCCAAGUCUGAGUCACCCUCUGUGCCCUGGAACCCCAUCCUGUUUCUUGGGGCCUGUGAGCCAAAGAAAAGGCCCCAGUACCAGGCGAGUGACAGGCGGCAGUUAGGCCGAGCAGGGUGGGGAGGUUCCCGGAAACCACUGUUCUGCUUGGAGCGGCCACCUGGAGUGUUUAUUUGAUUUCUAACUUGGUAAGCCUGUAAUUUACCUGGUGGACCAGACAGAACCCAGCUGCCUGAACCCCAAAAUAUCAUUAAAAGCAGAUCUUGGGGCUGCCCCAACCCACAGGCCCAGCCCAGGAUGACACCCCUGGAGUUCACUCUGUGCCCUUUGGAGGGGCUCCAGGAGCACAGCAGGGGUAGAGGAGGGGGCUCUGCUUCAGGACAGCAGCCCCUCCGCCUGGACCUAGGAGGCGUUCUGGGAGCCAGUGCACAGGAAGAGACCCCUCCAUGGACACAGGAAGACGGUGAUCUCCCUUUUGGCCUGGGGCUUUGACCUCAGGCUGGCAGCAAGAGGACCAAGUACCAGCACAAAUGUCAGUAGACCCAUAUUCUGGCUUCAGCUCAGUCACUGACCUGCCUGAUGUCUGGGCAAAUGCCCUUCUAUUCAGGCUUCAAUUUCCUGUCUCUGACAUAAGGACAUGCAUAGGAUUCUCACAUCUCCCAAGGCCCUUCUGGCUGGAGAAUCCACCUACAACUCUGGGCCUCUCCUCUCCCAGAGCCAAGAUGUGGUCUAAGUGCCCAGCGGCCCUGGGACUUGAAGCCUGCUGUUUCAGGGCCUCAUUCAGAGCUCUCUCCUCCUAACAUCAUGGGCGGUGGAAGCCUGGAAACUUUUGACAGAUGUCAGUGUUAGGUUUCUUCAUUGCCUAAGCACAUAACCUGGUAUGGUUUGAGGCAGCAGGAAAAUUUACGAAGUGAAUGUUUUGAAGAUGUGACUGCCCUGCCCAUCGGAGGUGCGGAACAUAAGGAACACAAGGAUCAUGACGUGACUCCCUUCUCGUGCAGUAAAGUCAGAAGUCCAGUGGUUGUGGCCUUGCUGACACUUCUAGCACCCUCAACCAUCCACUUGGCCACCGAAUGAAAUCCAACAGGAAAGGCCUUCAGAGAAAGGAGGUAAUUGAAGACAAAGCUGAUGAGGUGGCAGUGGCUAGUUACCAGGGCCAUCUCAUUUACCUGGUUCCCUUUGGCAGUGCAGGUCACAUUUAAGGCUGCACAUGAGAAGCAUAAAUAAGGGCAAUCAACUCAGGCCCACUGGCAGCAAAGUGAAAGAUGAUGUGGAGGGUGGGCACAAAGGAAGCGGUGCCUGGGGCCCAUGCUGUGGAGGGCACUGCUUUGUCCACCUCACCCUAAGCACAUCCUCAUGACUGUACAGCCAGCCUGGCCCAGACAUCAAUUCAUUGGACAAAGCCCUAUUCUUAUUUCCUAUGUAGGGAAGUGGGUGACAUGCUUCAAAAAGUUCCCUACAAUUUCAUAGGAAAGGAGGUGAUGACAGGAGAGGGUAGCUGUGGCAGCCAGCAGACCCGCCAGCAACAAAUCCUGGCUGUGCCUCGUGUUGAUGGGACCACACGAGAACCUCAGAGACAGUGACUUCCUCUCUGCAGAAUGAAUGGGCUACGGGUUCUGCCCUGGUGGAGCCAGCGUGGGGAUCAGGUCUGUCCGGAGCAGUUGGCACUGAUUCUGCACACGUGUGCUGAAUGAACAGUAUUAUUAGUGGCCUUAUUUUAAAUGAACUUGCAAAUUUGGGCUUCUCCUAAGUGCCUUCCUGUUAAAACCCAGUCCUCCAAGAAUGUGUCCUUGGAGGUGCUACUGUACUCAUUGGGCUUUUCCUUAAAAAAUAGAAACUUGGUAAUCUCCCGGGGUGAGGUGUGGACUUGCACACCACCGCCCCGUCUGUGGAGGGGGUCCCAGCUGGCAGUGACAGUUUGAUCCUGUCUCUCCUGAGGUCGGGGCAGCACUGCACCCCCACCCGUCCCGUGGCCCUGCUUGCAGUGCAGCUCAAGUGGAAACUUUCUGGGGGUUUUGUUCUUACUGGGAAGCCUUGAGCAAGCAUUUGGCCCUCUUUUCUCACUUUCAAAAAUAUUAACGUGUCAGGGAUGCUCUUGAAAAUAAAAAACAAUAGAAACACAUAAUCUCACCACAUGGAGACAACCAUUGUUAAUCAUUCCAGUCGUUUUUCCGUGGCAUAUAUGUCUUUUUACAUAAUACGUGGGUUACUUUACAGUUAGGAUCAUACUCUGUGCACUGCUUAGUGAUCUAAAUUAUUCAAUCUAUGACAUAUUUUGAACAUUUCUGUUAUUAAAUACUC